AUGUACGGGAUUUUGCUUCCAGACAUCGGCUCCUGCAGCGCAUUCUACCGUGGGCACGAGCUGGCAGAGGGACUACGAAAAAGACAAGGAGAAGCCGUCAAGAUCUCCAGACGAGAUUACCAUCCACGGUUCCGUGUUAUUCUUCUAGAUUUGUACGUGAAGAGCCCCGAUUCGAAUCAGCCUGCCAAGAAUUCCCAAGGAUUCCAUGAUUCCGCUUUGAAUGAAGCUUGUAUCCGGAUGAUACCGAGCCCCGGCCCUACCACCACCACAACAACCAUUGCCCCUACAACCACCACGUCAACAGCAGCACCGACCACGACGACUACGACGACGACGGCAGAUACGACCACGACUACUACUACAACUACCACUACAACAACUACCACCACUACCACGACAACCACGACGACGACGCCAGUCUGCGCCUCUUGUGCUCAAAAUCUGGCAAUUAUCCCGGAAGAUGAUCUGCCUGGUGCUCCGCAGGGAACUGGCACGUUUACUUAUAGCCCAAAUGCCGCCGGAUGUAUCACGGCCUCCCUGAGCUGCUCGGCUCCUGGAUUUGUACUGGCCAGCGCCAGAGUAAAUGGCGAGUGGUUCGCGUUCGGCCAGGACUGCAUGACGACAGCUCUGGAAGGGAAUAUUGUCUGUGAUGAUAUGGGAGUCUGGCAAUUCGAGCCGGCCGUACAACCCGGAACUUUCUAUUCCCCCGUCGACUACGCGUGCACGGAGGCCAGUCCGACUUGC